AUGGAUCGACCCCUGCUUGUGUUGUUCAGUGCGCACUUGCUCUCCACCUGUUCUCUGUCACUCGCAGUUGUCCCACUUGCUAUCAUGGCGUUCGUACCACUAGCCCCAGUCUCAGUUGCUCAUCGGCAACCUGGAAAACUUACUACAACACUUUAUGGGCGGCCUUGUCGGGCAUCUAAAAUCGUCCGCAGGCUUGACAGUUAUUCUUCUGGCAGACUUACAUGUGACCUGCGUGGCAGUCGCUCUUCUCAAAAAGUCGGUUCGUCUCUUACUCCCGAAGAUGAUGCCUCCACUCCAAAUGUCUCUGAAUUGCGCUCCGAGCAUCUUGUUGCGUACUUUGACGCCGAUGAGAGCAUGUACCAAGUCCGUCUGGGGAAUGUCCUUCGUCUUUCCAUACAAAACUUCACUGUAGAAGUGCGGGAGUUGCAACUUGCAAUCCGUCGGCUCAUGGGAAUCAACUCACCACUCCGAUACACGCCACCAGAGUGUCUCGGCUUCAAGCUUGAAAACGAAGCGGUGAACCGCCGCGAGGCGAAUCGAGAGUCCAGUGGCGGUAUGGUAAAAACAAGUUGGCUUGUUCGAAAAGUUUAUGAUGUCACGUGCACGGCGCUAGAUGUAUUCUUCGAUGGCCGACCUAUUCCCCGGUUCUGGUUUCUAGAAACAAUUGCACGGAUGCCAUACUUCUCGUACUCAAGCUGCCUACAUUUACUGAGCACACUCGGAUGGUACAGGUCACCAACGCUCAUGAACAUGCAUCAUGCUGAAGAGCUGAAUGAAGCGUAUCACUUAGCUGUGAUGGAAAGCCUUGGAGGUGACAAGCGAUGGCAAGAUCGCUUUCUUGCAUUUCACGCAAGCUUGGCGUACUACUGGUUUCUGGUGUUCUUGUUUUUCGUUUCACCGGCUGAGUCCUAUCGCUUUUCUCAGAUCCUUGAGGCCCACGCCGUUGAUACAUACACCGAGUUCAUUGAUGCCAACAAGGACGUGCUUGAUUCACUGGCGGUGCCCGACGUUGCCUACGAAUAUUUCCGGGAAUUUCGAUACUACUUUGACGAAUUCCAGCUAUCCGAGGACAGUUUAAGCAGUUCGAAACGUCAACCAGAGAUAUCUUCGCUACUAAGUGUCUUUGAAAACAUAUUGAUGGACGAGAGAGAACACACACGGACAAUGAGCGCAUGUAUCGACUUCGUCGAAAAGGGGGAGCAGUUUAGUUACAACGGCAAAGUGGUAUCAGCAAGCUCGCGACGCCCUAACGUCAUUCCUUCUGAAAAGCGAGAAAAUUUUUGGCGCCAGUGGUCAAACGUGGAUGAAACUGACGUGGAUGUGUGAUUGUCAUUGAUGGGCAACGACGGGGUUUGUCUACUAAGAGAAGGAGAGAACCAUGAGGAUUGAGCACUUCGAACGUGGGGUUGUGGCCAUAUCUCUUGAAUUGUGCUUUCCAUAACUUUGACUGCCGGUGAUAACAACUGCCGUGAUGCUUGCGGAAGAAUGUAAUUGAAGGUGCGGGUGCGCCCAAAUAGGGGACGGGGCGGACGAGGGUGAAGAGUCUCGGUGAGAUUGAGAUUGUUUAAA